CCGGAUACUUUGAGAAACAAACCCGGAGAAGAGAUCAGCCCAGUCGGACCAUGUCGGGACACCGGGUGCAGUUCGCGGACCUUCCUCCCAGUGAGCACAAAGGAAGUCCCAGAUUGAACAAACAAACCAAAAGCAACCUGAAGGUAACCUCCCCAGAGGACGCCCAGCACGUAAGCCGCCGACAGGCCUCCCCAAAUGGGACUGGCCUUUCAAAGGGGGACGCCAAAGGCAGCCGCACUGUCCCUCGUAGGCACACAUUAGGGGGAGCCCGCGGCUCCCGUGAGAUCCUGGCGAUGCAGCCGCCAGAAAUGGACAAGAAGAGGGAGGCCUUCCUGGAGCAUCUGAAGCAGAAAUACCCCCAUCAUGCCUCAGCGAUCAUGGGCCACCAGGAAAGGCUCCGAGAGCAGAGCAGAAGCCCAAAGCACGGCCCGCAUUCCGGCGUCGGCGACCAGGUUGACCACCUAUCCUUGGCCUCCCUGGACUCGUUGGACGCCAUGUCUGAGGCCGACUCACCUACAGGCUUCACCCGGGGCAGCCGGAUUCGUGCUAGCCUGCCCGUGGUGCGAUCGACCAACCAGACAAAGGACCGCUCGCUAGGUGUGCUGUACCUGCAGUACGGGGACGAGACCAAACAAAUCCGCAUGCCGAAUGAGAUCACCAGUAUCGACACUAUCAGAGCUCUGUUUGUUAGUGCCUUCCCACAGCUGCUCACCAUGAAGAUGCUGGAGUCGCCCAGCGUCGCCGUCUACGUCAAGGACGACAUGAGAAACAUGUACUACGAGCUCUCUGAUGUCAGGAACAUUGCAGAUCACUCCUGCCUGAAGGUCUACAACAAAGACCCGGCACAGGCGUUCAGCCAUGGUCCGAGACCUGCCAAUGGCGAUGCCAGGAUGCACAGUGAAAUGAUGCAUGGCGCUCGUGAUGGCCCACACCCUCUGAGACAGCCACCCAUGGGUCCCCCACCACACCACCCGAUGCAGGGAGCACUUCCCCCAACUCCCCACUCCAUGCCCCCAUCCCCCUCCAGAAUCCCGUUUGGACCAAGGCAGGGCUCCAUACCUGGCAACGCGACUAUCCCAAGGGACCGGCUGUCUAGUGCUAACUCUCCCGCCCGCUCCAUCUCACCCUGUCCGAGCGCCAUCCUGGAGAGACGGGAUGUCAAGCCAGAUGAGGAGAGGGGCGGUAAAAGCCACACUCUAUCUAGGGGAAAUGAGGGGUUGUAUGCAGACCCAUACUUGCUCCAAGAGGGAAGAAUGAGCAUGGCUUCUGCCCAUGGACCACAUCCCAACCCUGGGCUUGAUGGUCCAGAUCAUGGCAUGGGGGGAUUUCACCGUGCCUCCAUUCGCUCCACUAGCUCUUACAGUGGGCCCAGCCCCACAGACACUAUGGAUCACCCAUCUCUAUACAGGCAGAAGUCCAGAAACAGCCAGCUGCCUACUUUGGGCUCAAAGACUCCUCCCCCAUCCCCUCACCGGAUGGCUGAGGUACGGAUGAUUGACAUCCAUGGCGGGCCUCCUCCUCAUGGCGUUCCACCUCAUGGUGUUCCCAUGGAGAGAAGCUCACCUGUGCGCCAGUCAUUCAGGAAGGAGGAAGUGGCAGGGACCAAGCCCCGGAACAACAUGGGAUCACCUGUAGUUCCAGACCUCCAGGGUCACCCCCAGGGCCCCAUCGCAGUUGCCAGUGAGCAUCAGACACGAGUGCGAAUGAAGGCUAUGGAGCAACAGAUUGCCAGCUUGACUGGUCUUGUUCAGCAUGCACUUUUAAAGGAGCCAAACACUAGUGGCACCAAGGAGCUAAUAAGUGAGAGACCGCCGAAGACAUCAUCUCCAGCCCACAGUGCACAUAGCUCAGGUGGUUCCCCAGUGUUGGCUCCCAAGAGCAGCGCAGCUCCAUUAAACAAGGGUCCAGUUCCUCUCAAAGUCAACCUCCUGCAGUUCAGGAAGAAUGUUUCUGACCUCAGGAUGCAACUCCAUCAGAUGAGGCAACAGCAGGUCCAGAACCAAGAGGCAUUACGUGUCCAGCUGAAGCGGGCAGAGCAGGAAAUCAGUGUUAAACUUGCAGAGGCCAUGCGAGGCCUGGAGGACCCUGUGCAGAGACAGAGGGCUUUGGUAGAAGAGGACAGGCACAAGUACUUGGGUCUGGAGGAGCGUGUCCUCACACAGCUCGGUGAGCUGGAGCAGUUUGUAGGCUCCCUGCAGAAAGACUCAGCAGUGACACACAGAGUAGUGACUCUGAAGGAUGUGGAGGAGGGAGCGGUGACUCUGAGGAAGGUGGGAGAAUCUCUGGCAGGGCUCAAAGGAGAGUUCCCAGCCCUACAAACGAAAAUGCGGUCAGUGCUCAGGGUGGAAGUGGAAGCGGUCAAGUUUUUGAAGGAGGAGCCUCAUAAACUGGACAGCAUGCUGAAAAGGGUCAAGAGCCUGACUGACACACUCAGCAGUCUGAGAAGAUGUGCUACUGAUGGCCCGCAGAAAGGACCUGAUCCACCUGCUAAUGUCCCAGUGGACAACAGCUCUUCAGCAGCAGCAGAAGCUCCUGCACCAUCAGUCCAGCCUGGCUCCGCAGCAGCCCCGGUGGAGCCCCAGAGCUCCACCAUCAAGUCAGAGGUGAUGCCCUCCUCUCCGGUGGUCAUCCAUCAUGUCCAGAGCUCCCCGGUCAACAUACAGCAUUCCCAGCAGUCUGCAGCCUUGAUAACUCAGCCCAGUCCACCGCUCACCCCCAGCCCCUCUCACAUCCCCAGUCCCACCCCGAGCAAGAGUCAAGGUCGGGACUCUCCCAAGGGAGCAGCCUCCGAUCCACCAAGUCCUGCCCGUCAAAAGAAGACACAAGGGAACCCAGUGAAUAAUGGCAACGGCACUGCCCCCCAGGGUCUUAUCAUAAAGGAGCUCCAGAACAGUGAGGACAAGAGCAAAAACAGAGCUAUGUCCAUUAAGGUAGCAGAGAAGGAGUGGGAAGAGAGGAGGCAGAACAUGGGUCACUAUGAUGGCAAAGAGUUUGAGAAGAUCCUCCAGGAAGCCCAGGCCAACAUGAUGAAGGGCAUCCCCAGUCUAGAGGUGGAGGAGAACCCAGCAAUGACCCCUGAUGCCACUGCAGAACAAGCAGACAUCCACAGCCCUGUGGAGUCACCGACAGAGCCCCAGUCUGAGCCUCACUCUGACAAACCAGGCAGGAAGGGGCCUGAGAAACUCCCGAAGCCUGUGAUGGAGAAACCAGCUAAACCUGCACUGGAUAGACCCUCCAUGACUGCCACCAAGCCAGCCCCCACUGAGAGCUUUACAAAGCAGGGGUCUGAAAAGCCCAGCAAGUCGCCACCACCACCACCUCCUCCAAGGAAGACCUUCUCCAGCUCAAGCUCAGGCAUGACCACCACACGCUCCGGCGAAGUGGUCUACACCAGCAGGAAAGAGUCCGUCUCGUCUCAGGAGGGUGAAGAGGACACUCCACUUCCCAGUCCCCAAUCGAAGCCCAACAAGGUUCCGCCAGAGACCAAGCCGAAGCCAGCCACCCCUCCCCCCGUCACUCCUCCUGUAACCAGAGAAGAGGAGGAUGAAGGGGAAAAGAUCAUGGCAGAGCUCCAGGCUUUCCAGAAGUGCACGGUUAAGGAUGUAGGGGUGAAAAAUUUGGUAGAACCCACCUCACGAAUUGAACCACAAAUCAGAGAACUAAGACCGGGGGCCUUAUUGCCCCUCAAAGAGAAAAAGAACACCAGUGUCGCUUCCCCUUCUAGUCGGAUGCCCGUCCCUUUGUCUGCGAAGUCCAGGCAGUCGCCGGGUACUACUGACAAAGCAGGAAAACAGCAAAAACUGCAGGACGCUCAGAGGCAGUUCCGACAGGCUAACGGAAGUGCUAAAAGAGUGGGAGGGGAUCAUAAAACUACUUCCCCUACUACACCCACCUCUAAAAUCCCUGCUUUUUAUCCUAGCUCUACUAAAGGCAGCUCCCAGUCUGGGCAAAACUCAGAUGCUACUAAUCCCAUUAACCCUUCCUCUUCCUCCUCCUCCUCCUCCUCCUCCUCCUCCUCCUCUGUAAUGAAAUCCACCAUCCUUUCCUCUCCCGCUCCUCGUUCUGGUUCCCAACCCUCCUCCCACAUCCCCUCCCUGUCUAACGGAUCCCUCAAACUCCCCACACCCUCACAGCACACAGGUAAAGCUCUCUCGUUCUCCUCGCAGACUCAGAAUGGUCGAGUGACUCCUCCUCCUCCUCCUCUCCAUUUCUCCUCCUCCUCCUCCUCCUCAUCCUCCUCCUCCUCCCCCUCCCCUCUGUCGCCCACUCCUUUGGGCCCAGGUGGAAAGAGCAUCCGCACCAUACACACCCCCAGCUUCACCAGCUACAGGUCCCACAACGGCAGCAGCGGCAAAUCCUGCAUCCCAACAGCCACAGCAGCUAAGGACACUACUUAGCCCCAAUAUGGCCCCUCUGGCUGUACCGCAUAGCAGAAGAGCUUGUCAUGUUUCAUUUUGUAUCAUUUUGGUUUGCUGUUUUUUUUUCUGUUCCUGUAAAAGUAUUAAGUGAUGCACUCCCCCACUUCAUGUUUUAUUUGACACUGGCAUUAUUGCACCAAUGCUUCUAUCUCCUCUAAGUUGCGAUUUACAUUUUUUUUUUUCUUUUAAAUUCUUGGAUUCAGAUUUUUUCAUUGAGGUGUACCACAUGUUCUUUCAAAACAUUUUAUAAUGGAACUAAAAAAGAUUUAGUUUUACCAUUUAAAGAGGAAAGUGGAAGGCUCUCGUGGUGUUGAAAAUCUAUUUUUCUUGCUGUAGCUAUGAAUAGGGAAUAUAGAGUUGAUGUACAAUCACGAAGUACCAUGUAAAAAAAUGUGUUUUAUUUUUCAAACCAGAGAUUGAAUAACCAUAGUAUAUUUAAUCUUCUAUAUUUCUUAUGUUGCCAGACAUUCAACACAGUCCCUGUAAAUGCCUUUUAUGAGUGUAUACAUAAUGUAUACAGACGUGUUAAAGUUGAACUCAUUAUUAACUUCUGUUUUCUAAGAGUAUUCUCUCAUUUUUCACCCAUAUGAACUGCCAAUUUCUUUUACAGAUAUGUAAAAACUGGUAUCUUAAGUAAUACAAGUUUUCAUUUUAGUGUGCCUAUUUGCCAAAGUUGUUGAACAAUGACUCACUUCAGGCCUAACCCAGUCACAAGAUUUAGGGCAAUUUACAUGCACUCUCUUGGUGCGAUGGCUGAAGUGGUGACCUCAGUGUCUGUACUGGUGGUCUUGGUUCGUUAAGUUAACAUGUAUUGUUGUCUAAAUGUAAACUGUACUAAAACAAAGUAAAUCAGUUCUACCACAUGUACAUAGAUGCUUCUACUAAGAAAAUAAGUAGUUUUGUUAACAUACCAAAGUUUAUUUGUAUGCAUGCCUUUCAAAGACUUUAGGAGAGUGGUGUAAAAAAAGAA